AGCUCAUUCAUUCUAAAACCUGGGAUUUUACUACACAUCAAAAAAGCUGUUUCAUUCUGGACAACAUUUUCCCCAGUGAUUUGUCUUCAGAUCGCAAAGGAUAUCGCACCAUAAAAUACUGACAAGUAAUAGUUUUGGUUUUUAGUUCAAAAAAAUUUGUUCAUUACAUCCAACAAUUAUGGUGAGCUUUUAUCUUCAACCUUUACUAGAUUCAAUAUCACCAAUUGUAUUUCCGGGUAUUACCGAAGGGUAUUUAUGCGGAAAUGCGGCUAUAAAUAAUAUCAUACUGCCUCAUAAUUCAGUGUCACGUAUCCACUGCAAUUUUCAAGUGUCACCAAGGAGUCUGUCGGUAGUAGAUCUUAAGAGCGCUAAUGGAACUUAUAUAAACGGUAAUAGAAUCAAGCCGCUAAUACCGAGAAAUAUUGCUGAAGGAGAUAUUAUUGGAAUAGCGAGUAAUAAAACUGAAAAUGUCGACACUGAUAAACCUUUUGUGUAUCGUCUUAAAAUCCACAUUUUGAAUGACAAUGAACAUGAUUGGAAGAGGAAAUUCGAUAGCGGGUUACAUCCAGGAGAGGAGAAAAAAGCUAGAAUUGAAAUUAACACCAACCUUCAACCAGAAAUUGAUGUAAAAGAUGACGACAACGAUGUCUGUGUAAUUGUCGAAAUACCUAAAGAAGAUGAUGAGAAUUUAAUGGGAAAUUCAGCUGAUAAAAAGAAAAUGAAAGCGCCAAUUAGGAAUCAACGCAAGGAGAUAGCGCAACAAAGCGCUCAAGAGAUGGAGAUAGAUGACAAUUAUAAAAGAUUUGAGCAAAACAAAAAAAAUGCUGAAGAGAGGAAUGAAAAAAAUGUCAAUAAAAAUCCCAAAGAAAAUACUAAACCUAUAGCAGCAAACCAAAGCGGUAGUUUAGAUAAAAAAACAAUUAUACAACCUAUUGCAUCUGACUCAUUAAAAUCUGAUGCUAUUGAUAAGGAUGUUACCGUUAAAAAUUUCAAAGAAAAUAUCAAACCGGAUGCGCCUAAUCAAAGCGGUACUUUAGAUAAGAAAACAAUUAUACAAUCUAUUGCAUCUACUUCACUAAAAUCUGAUGCUACUGAUAAGAAUGACAACAUAAAAAAUUUCAAAGAAAAUGAUAAACCGAAAUCGUCAAACCAAAGCGGUACUCUAGAUAAAAAAACAAUUAUACAAUCUGUUGCAUCUACUUCACUACAAUCUGAUGCUACUGAUAAGAAUGAUGUCAUUAAAAAUGAUAAACCAAAAUUGUCAAACCAUAAAUGUACUUCAGAUAAGAAAAAUAUCAUAAAAAGAAACAAUAAACCAAAUGCGUCAUACCAAAGCGGUAUUUUAGAUAAAAAAAUAACUAUACAAUCUAUUGCAUCUAACUCUCUAAAAUCUGAUGUUAUUGAUAUGGAGGAUGUCAUUAAAAAUUUCAAAGAAAAUGAUAAACAGAAUGCGGCAAACCAAAGCGGUGUUUUAGAUAUGGGAAAUAUAAAACCUAUUGCAUCUACUUCCUUUAAAUAUGACACUGAUGAUAAACAAUUUUCAAAUUCGCCCAAAAUUUCAAGAAAAAAUACUGAACCCAAAAGCAAAGAUAAAAUCUUAGGAAUUGGACAAAGAUCACACGCAAUCACUAAACCACCUACUUAUAAAAAAAUAACUUCAAAUGAAUGCCGUGAAAAUGAUCCGGAAUAUCUGCGAAAUAAAAUCGCAGAUUGGAACAAAUAUGUAGAGAGAAAAAGAAAGGAAUGGAAAAUUUAUUUAAAUGCUAAGCUACGCUCUAUCCCAGAGUCUAAAAGAAAUACCUUAGAAUCUAUUCUACUUAGACCUACAACUAAGAAUAGCCAGCCUCUAGUCUUACCUCACAUAAUUUCAAAUAAAAAUCUUGAACACCAAAGCAAAGAUAAGAACAUAUUAAGUGGAAACGCAUCAAUUGCUUUACUUAAUCUUCAACUAUUGUCUUUCGAUAAAAACCGUAAAAGUGUCCAACAAGAUAAGAGUAACAAAAUAAUAAAGGCAGAAAGUAAACAUCCAACUUUUGAAAAACAGGCCAGCAGACAAUCUAAAAUCGGCCCAGUUCUGUCAGCAGCAGCUGCUUCAAUACUAGCCGAUACAGGGAUCGAAAAAAAUUCCUUAGGAAAAUUUACUACUGAUCAUUCUCGCAGUCUUUCAAUUAACGAAAGGUCUCCAAUUAAUAGACAAGAUAAAAACAAUCAUGUAAAUGAACAGCAAAAAGUUGCUAGUAUUGGAAAGCAUAACGACAGUACCAUUGGUGCGCUUGCUAUUGUUUAUGAUUUGACAAAUAGCCGAUCAGAUUUACCCAAAUCCGCAUUCAAGGCAGCGGGAUUUUCCAAACCAAUAAAAAAAGUAAAAUUCUCCAAUAAUUUACCGACCAAAUCAACUGCACAGGAAGUGUCAAUGCCAUCAACAUCUUACGAUAAUGGUUUGAGCAUUCAAAUUCAAAAUAAUGUAAAAUCAACUCCCAAAAAACCUGAACUGACCAACCAUUCAUUAAAACUACCACUUGACUUCUUGGAGUUUAUUCUGAAGUGGGACCCUCAGUGGUUAGAUAGCAAGGAAUUCAGUCAGGAAAUUCGAAUCCAAUUACCAUUUCGAAGCGGCAAUACAGCUCAUCAGAAAAUGGAAAUGCAUUUAAGACCAAGUUUUAUAAAUUAUUACAGUAUGAUGUCGACAUUAAUUUUACAUGAAAUGUGGACUUGCAUCAUUAAAGCCAAGCGGAAGCCUUCUAUAUACGGAGUUAUUAAUUACGAAUCAACCACCAUAACACUAUAUGACUACAUUGACUAUUCGUUAACUGAAUUUGACAUUGACAUAGAACAGGUAGAAAAUGUAGAUUCUGGUGAUCUUGUGAUCUUGGCACUGACAUUAAGUGAUGGGAAAUCAAAGCUCCCAAUAUUUGCUUACAUAAAAGAUUGUAAAAAAAAAGUAUUGACACAAACAGCUCAUAAAGGACUUGAGGAUGUGGUCUUGGUGACUUACACACUGGUCACUAAACGAUUGCCACCAAAUAUUGUGUGCGAUGAAAGGUACAAAUUACAGUGCGUAUAUAACAUAAGCAUAUUUGUACACAUGAUUCAAGCUGUAAAAUCUUUACAAUCAUCACCACUGUUCCCAAUCAUUAAUCCUACUGUUGAAGAGGAAAUUUUUUCAUUACCAAAAAUACCCAUUUAUAAAUCAUACAAAUUUCUCACUGACAAUAAAUUGGAUGAAAAACAAAUGGAAACUAUUGUGCGCAUCACGAACGCAAUAGUUGGAGGCAGCCCCAAGGUUUGUUUGAUUGACGGACCACCGGGUACUGGAAAAUCGCACGUGAUUGUUAAUCUUGUGACAGAAAUAAUGGGCAGUUACAAGAGAUGUCAGAAGAAAGAACGCAUACUCAUUUGCACCCGGUCCAAUGCGGCUAUUGACUCAAUAACUGAAAAAUUAAUUGACAUUCGCAAUGAGCUAAAAGCAGCAAGUCCUCUUAAAGAAUGUCCAUUUAAAAUUGUACGGAUCGGAAGCGCUAAAUCGCUAACACACGAGAGUGUUAAGGAGGUUCUUGUUAGUAAAUUGAUGAGAGACACGAACAAGAGUUUCGCUGACAUUGUAAAUGAGGCGGAUAUUAUUGCUUGUACAUUAUCAUCUUGCUGGGCAUAUAGAAUGGAAUCAACGUUUGCCAGAGGUUUAGAAAAAGUUAAUGUGUGUAUUAUUGACGAUGCGAUGAUGAGUUGGGAACCAGAGUCACUGCUUCCGCUGAUGAUUGGCGUUAAGCAGUUGGUACUUGUAGGGGAUUCAAAUCAGCUGCCGAUUUCAAUUGCUUCCAAUGAAGUCAAAGAAUUUAAUCACCAUAAAUCGUUAUUUUCACGUCUUCAUGAAAAAUUUGAGCUUAAUAAAAAUAAUCCUAUUAUUACGCUAGACAACCAGUACCGAACAGCAAAAGAAAUAAUAGAUUGGCCUAAUAAAUUUUUUUAUAAUAACAAGUUACAUACUAACGUCUCUAUACCACAGAAAUGGCCAUUCCAAGAGUAUGGAGUAUUUGGUCAUGACUCUGAAGAAACGCUCAAGUUUUCUUGUAAUUCUUACAUCAAUCGUGGGGAGGCAAACUUUGUUUCUAAUCUCAUUUAUACAAUGAUAAUCCGUUCUGGAUUGGACGAAUUGGAUAAUAAAAUACGUAUCGGAGUUGUUACACCUUAUUACCAUCAGAAAGAACUAAUUGAUGAUUUAUUAACUGAAAGGGUGGGGAGAAUGGUGCAUGCGCUAAUUUUUAUCAUUUGUUUUCUCAUAAAAGAAAAGAACGACUUUCUUUCCUCUAAACAGGACAGGAAUUUAAACUUCCGGUACAGCAUUAAUGGUGAAAAGAUACCAGUUGAUGUUAAAAACAAAAUUGUGAUAAACGUUAAUACAACUGAUUGUUUUCAAGGACAAGAAUAUGACAUAAUAAUCAUGUCGUGCGUUAGAAGCAGCAAACUGGGACUUUUAUACGAUCAGCAACGACUGUGUCGGACUUUAACGCGUGCGAAAUAUUCAUUAUUCAUUUGCGGAAAUUUCAAAUUUAUUAAAACUGAUGAUGAUGCAACUUGGAGAAAUUUACUUGAAGAUGCACACAAUCGUGGUUUCUAUAAACACGUUAAUUAUGAAAUGACUACACGAGAUAUGAAAGAUUCUAAGAUAGUAAUGAAGAAUUGAAUUAUCUCUGAAACUGAGUAAACAAAACUAUAAAGAUAAAUAUAUUUUACAUUUAAUAUUACUGUACUCCUCUGUAAGUUACGAAAUUUGGGACCAUCGUACCAGUUCGAGGGGCAAUAAAAAUAUUAGUCUCGGUUGACUGGGAGCUAGGAAGGGUAUAUCGGUGUGAGGGAUCGUUAGUGUCCGUAAACGCAGAUGAAAAAAUUAUUAUAGUAACUUUUAUUUUUUCAAUUUUCGUCGUUCUUAUAAAUAAUUACUAUUCAAUUGAUUAUUAUUUACAUACUUCAAAAAAUAUUCAUAAAAAAAAAUUUAGAUAUUGGGCGAGUCCUCAAAUAUUUUUAAAAUAAACAUUAUACGAUCAGCUCAAGACUACGAUCAAAAAACUAAUUUUUUUUUCUUUGGUCAUAAUUGCGGAAAUUUUUUUACACUAAACUGUAAUUUUAACAGAUAAUAGAAAGUAACUUCUUUAAUUGAAAAAGAAAAUUAUUAAGCUUAAUUUAUUUUUAGCUGAGGUGUGAUCAUUUGUUUAAAGAAUAUUGCGCUCUACUUUAAAAUUCUCAACGAAAAAAUUAAAAUCUCUUAGGAGGGGUGUGAACUUUUUUCUCUAUCACAUUCAAGUCGACGAACGGUACCACCCUUGUUGCACUUGCGCAGCAAAUAAAAACUUCACAGUCCACGUUUUUCUCUUACAAAUGAAUAUUUUAAAAAAAUAAAAACGUGGAUGGCUAGAUUAUAGAGUAAUGUAUCGAGGACUCGUUCUUAAUUAUGCAUUUAGAUUUUUUUUUAGAUAAAAGCUAGGAAAAAAAAUUACUAUAGAGCCUCCUUAAUGACUUUUUAUUUUCAAACCAACUAGAUUAUAUAAUUGUUUCAUUUUUUUUUUAAAACUUGCCUAUAAUAAAUUUGAAAUAAAAAAAACCCAUUUACUAAAAUUUUAAAAUGACGACUGUAUUGCCCCGGAUAGGCCACGUGUCGAGUCACCGUAUUGCCCCUCAAUAUCUUAUAUGUUCAACUACUUGAUAUGGUACGACAAAUAUACACACAUACACACUAUGAAAUUCAAGCUAAGAGUUUCCGGUUGUUCGAAAUUUUUUUAUUUUUUUUAUUCAGGGUCAAGCAAAGGUCAAAAAAAUAAGAAAUUUCGUACACGGAAAAAAAUGAUUGACAAUAAUUGUAGUUCAACUUGUAAUUAUUUAUGUUAUGUUCAAUAACUAAUGUCGUUUCAAUCAGUAAAAUUAUGAUUGUAAUGUUCAGACUGCUAUAAUUAACAGUUAAUCGUUGAAAUAUUCUGAUUGACUAUUUAAAAUUACUACUUAAACCUUAAAAAACUACAAGACACUUGUCAAAAAAAUGCAUCUGUUGUUAAUUUCUUACGUUCUACUCCAUAAUAUUUACUAAUAUUCGGUCUAGGCGCGCUGUUGAUGAGAAUCUGAGUAUUAUUUACUGAUAUUUUCUUUCCAUGUAAUAGCGAGAGGUCGUAACUUAUAGAGGUUGUACUGCAUAUAUAUUUUUAAAGUAAAAACUUAUUAAUGUUAAAAACUAAAAUAAUUUUAAGAACAUAUCGAUAUAAAAAAAAUUUCAUUAAAUGAAAUGAAAAGUAUAGGUACAAAAAAAAAAUGAUAAUAAUAAUAAUAUUAUAAAAUGCACGGAAAAAAAUGAACUAUAUCCCUAGUAAUUAUCUUAGUCAAGAUUGUUAAAUCACAGUAUUUAUAGAUAUAAUAUUUCGCUGUAUUCUCCUUGACUUGCUCAAGAUUUGCUCCAGAAUUAAUCAGUAUUCUCACUAGGGAUAAAUUGAGAAACGAUGAGUAAAAUAAUGAUAAAGUGAUCAGUCAGUACUAUCAUUCUAUACUUAUUAAAAUUUAUUGUCUAUGCAGGAAUAAUUAAUAUUUGAAUUUUAAAAAUUGUAACUUCAAUAUUAAAAAUUUAUGAAACGUGUUAUGAAAUUCAUUGUUCAGAAUCUUAAAAUUUCUCAUAUUGAAUCCCACUAAUUUUUAAAGUUUAUUUUUUUCUGUGUGUCAAAGUAUUUAAUGGACCAACUAUUUUAUAUUAAUAUUUAAUGGCUAAAGAAGUAUAUCAUUAUAAUGAUCAUAUAUUUUUAAAUGUAUUUCUAUAUGUAAUUGUAUAAUAAUUACAUAUGUAAUUGAUAUAUAUUUUUCUUGAAUAAAUAUCUAUAUAAAUAUAUUUUUUAAUAAAAAUUAAAAAGUUAAGUGCAAAUAAUUGCGUAAGUAUGAAGAUGAUUUCAAAUUUUUUGUAAUAAGAUGAUGAUAGUAUAGAAAAGUAAAAUAUUAGAAGUUUAUAAAAAUUUUAAAAUGGGUACUGGAGCUUGGAAGUUUUAAAAUAAAAAAAAAUGUAGUAUUUAGAGAGCGUGAGAACAAGAUACAAAUUUAAAGUAGUAAGUCCAGGUUCAGAGAGACGCCGAGCGUCAUAAAAUACCGAGGGAGGCCUAAAAAAAUAUCCACCGGAAACUAAUAAAAUUUAAAGUAAAAACUUUUUCAUAAUUUAAAAUUUUUCUCUUUGACUUUAAAAUAAAUAUUAAUAGAUAAAUCGGUUGAUAAAAAUAAAAAUGAAAUGCAACGAGUGUGAGUGAAGCAGAUAUCAGACAAAUUUAAAAUUAUAAAUAAAUAGAAUAAAUACUUAAAUAAUAAUAUUUAUAAAAAAUUCACUUAUUGAUUUCGAAAUUUUUUAAAUGCGCAUUUUUUUUAAAAUUUUCUUUUAUUAAUUAUUUAAUCUAUUUAUUAAUAGUUUUAAAUAUGUCUGAUGUCUACAACAUCCACACUCAUAAAAUGCAAGUAAAAUUUAAUUAGUUGCCACGUUUUCGAAAAUUCUAAAUUCAUUGGUCUCCUAUUUCAUAUGAUUGUGAAUGUAGCAUGAGUGUGAGUGCAUUAGACAUUAAACAAAUUUAAAAUUAUAAAAAAAUCAAGUCAAUAAUUUUUAAAAAAAUAUUUAUAAAAAAUGCACUUAUUAAUUUCAAAAUUUUUUAAAUGCGAAUUUUUUUUUUUUUUUUAUUUUAUUAAUUAUUUACUCUAUCUAUUAAUAAUUUAAAAUUUGUCUGAUGUUUGCUACAUUCACACCCAUGAAUGUAGCAGACAAUUGUCAAUUUUUUUUAAUUUUAUAAUAAAUGAGUAAAAUAAAAAAUGUAAGUAGAGUAAAAAUUAAAAAACGCAUAUAUAAAUGCAAAAUCCGCAUGUGCAUUUUUUAAAAUUUCAUUAUUUUAAUUAAUUAAUUUAUUUAAUUCAAAUUUAUAAAUUGUCUGAUGUCUGCUACUUUCACACUCAUCUAUUUCAUUCAAAUUUCUGAAAAUAUUUUUUAUUAUAAAUUUACU